AUGCCGCCGUCGGAUUCUCCAUUGCCAUCGUCCCAACCCCCAAUUCUGUUGCCGGAUCCUCCAUGGAUAUUGUUCCCAUCACCGAUGCCGCUGCCGGAUCCUCCACGGCCAUUGUCCCUGCGAAGACCAACCUCGUCGCCCCUAAGAGGAAGAAGCCCCGCUCCGUCGAGAUGGUCCGAGUCUCCUCCGUUGCAGCCGCCAACAAGAUCUACCUCUAGGACGUCGUGUGCUGUGCCCGGAUCACCUUCGAGUCGCUACGGCACUUCCUGCGCCUGGCGGAGGAGCGGAUGGAGGCUGCUGUUGCCGAUACCGGUGCCGCCGUUGGGGCGGGGAGCCCAAGCCGACUUCGGUGGCGGCUUCGCCCCUGACUUCCGCGCCUCUGGGAUGAUCUUCGCCGCCGUCACCGCUGCAGCCGCCACCAUCGUCUUCUAA